AUGCUCUCUGCGCCGGAGCAGGUCUUUGGAAUCCGUCCGGGAUUUGAAGGCCUGCGGCAGCGCGCCCUUCCUGAUUUGUCAUGACCGGCUUACAUGACAUGGACCGUAAAUCGUCAUUGAGUAUGGCGAUUAGCUAACCUGUUGUGAGGCCGGGAGGGUUAGAGGACUGGCGUGAAGCUUCUAGCGUACAUCCUCCGCGGAGCUGAUCGCGACUGGCAUGUUAUAAAGGCGCCCAGAAACCUUGGGGUAAGUCAGUUCAUCAUGAUCCAAUGCGAACCGGGUCCUCCUCCAUCGAUUUCUUCAUCUUCAUCUCACAACCGUACCUAACCUACCUAGCGCGUAGCCACGGGGAUGGUUCCAAAUGGCACAGCUCACGACCGUCAAGCCAUUUCAAUUUCACGCCGGGGAGCAGGCUAUGCACCGUCUGCUCCACGUGCCCCCACAAGAUAAUCCCACUAACUUCGGCCUGCCGGCGGGACACGGGUAUCGCAUCUCGCAGUCGCCUCUCGUCGCCUUCGGGACUCUAGACCAGCAGGGGCGGCCCUGGGCAACCAUCUGGGGGGGCGAGGCCGGGUUCUGCCGGCCGAUCGCACGGAACGUGCUGGGCGUGCGCGCGACGGCUGACGCGCGGCACGAUCCCGUGCUACGGGCGUUGUUCGCGACGCCGGGGGCCAAGAACGAGGAUGAAAUCGUCAUCGGCGACGGCGACGACGCGGUCGUCCGGCCCGAAGGGGGCGGCAAGCUCCUCGCCGGCCUCGCGAUAGACCUCGACACGCGCGACCGCGUCAAGAUCGCCGGACGCAUGCUCGUCGGCACCGUGGCGCGAGCGGGGCCGGGGCGCGACCGUGGCGGCGACGGCGUCGGAGACAUGCAGCUCGCCGUCAAGAUCGAGGAGGCGCUCGGCAACUGCCCCAAGUACCUCAACCGGAAGCGAAUCACGCCGCGCACCCCCGCCCCGGAACUCGCGAGCGAGGGGCGCGGCGUGCCGCUGCCGGUGGCGGCCGUCGACCUGCUCGCGCGGGCGGACAUGUUCUUCAUCGCGAGCGCCGCACCGGGGGCUGGCGAGGGCGGGAGCGGGAGCAUGGACACGAAUCAUCGAGGCGGGACGCCGGGGUUCGUGCGGGUGCUGCGGAAUGAAGAGGGCGGGACGGCGCUGGUGUACCCGGAGUACUCGGGCAACCGGCUGUACCAGACGCUCGGGAACCUGCACCUGGACCCGCGGGCGGGGCUCGCGGUGCCGGACCUGGCGACGGGCGACGUGCUGUACCUGACGGGGCGAGCGACGGUGCUGGCGGGGGCCGAGGCGGCGGCGUGCAUGCCGCGAGCGGCGCUGGCGGUGCGGAUCGACGUCGCCGAGGCGCGCUUCGUGCGCGACGGCCUGCCGUUCCGCGGCGCCGCGCUCGACGACUCGCCGUACAACCCGGCGGUGUGGCAACUCGCCGGGGAGGCAGGGCCGGCGCCGGCCGACCGCGACCGCGCAGUCGCGACGGCGGCGCUCGUCUCCCGAGAGACGCUAACCCCGAGCAUCUCGCGGUACGCGCUUAGGCUCGAGCCGGGCGCGGAUAGAGGAGAAGGAGGAGGGCGGGGGGCGUCGCCGACGUGGCUCCCCGGGCAGCACGUCACGCUGGAUUUUUCCGGAGAGCUCGACUGCGGGUGGAUACACAUGCGGGACGAGGACCCGCAGAGCCUUAACGACGACUUCGUGCGGACGUUCACGAUUAGCUGCCCCCCGCCGGCCGACCGCGACGGAGACGCCGAGGGGUCGGCCCCCCGCGUGCUGGAGAUCACGGCGCGGAGGCACGGCGCCGCCACGCGGCUGCUCGAGCGGUGGAACCUGCGGGUGCCGCUGGAGAUCCCCGUGCUCGGGUUCGGCGGCGCGGAGGGCUUCCGGCUGCCCGCCGGCGGGGACGCUGGGGAAGCGGACCGCACGAGCGUGUUCGUGGCGGGGGGAGUCGGGAUCACGCCGCUCAUGGCCCAGGCCGCGGGCGCGCUGCGGGGCGGCGGCGAGAGGCUACGCGUCCUAUGGAGCCUGAGGGCGGAGGAUCUGGCGCUCGCGGUGGCGGUGGUGGGCGCGACGGCGGGGCUCGCGGCGGUGACGCGGCUCUUCGUCACAGGAGGGGGGGAGGCGGACGCGCGGAGGGACCUGGAGGCGGCGGUGCGGGGGCUGGGCGCGGAGGUGCUGGCGCGGCGGAUGGCGGUAGCCGACGUACUGGCGGCGGGGGCCAAGGGCCGGCGGAAGUUCUACUGCUGCGCGGGCCGGGAGCUAACGGAGGUCCUGUUGCAGUGGACGGCGGGCGAGGACGUCGCGUGCGAGAGCUUCGCGUACUGAUCUGCCGACCGGCUUGGAUAGUAGCUACGGGUCGCGUUCGCACGAGUC